CACGACUCAAAAUGGUCUGGCAAGUCAAGUCUAUAAAUGGACAGGCAAGAAGAUAUGGGGAAGAAAAAGAAGAUUGCAUAUAGUGAACUUUCCAGAGAAAAUAAUUUGAAGAGAUUCUUCAUCAAGAAAGACAAGAUCGAUUCAGAACUUUCAUUCAAUUUUACCAUCCACUAUGCAGAGGGGGUAGACAAACCAAGGGACUAUCCUAUCGAUUAUUCGGAGAGGAAUUACGUUGUUAUAUUCUGGAUUGACCCUGAAAGAGUAUACAACACUAGGGUUGUGAAAGGCUCACCGAAUCCAAUAUGGAAACAAGAUUUUUGUAUGGUUAUAAACCCAGUUGAGAGUUUUGGAUUCCUGAACAUAGAAGUUGUGAGACUAAAUUCCAGGGCGGAUCCUGGAACCUCAACGGGCUGGAUCCUGGUGGGGAGAGUUAGGAUCCCGAUACCAAGAAAAAUAUGCACAAAAUCUCAACGAUAUGGGCUUGUGAGACCCGAAGGUUCGGGUUACAAACCUGAAGGUCACUUAUUUGUCUCCAUGGAAACUAAGAAGAUUCAUCCUUGGUAGUUUGUUUAGUGCUUCAGAUUAUUAACUUCGUUAUAUAUUUUAGUAUUCUGACAGUAUCCAUGGUUUUUGGGCUUCAUAGAUUUCAGCGAUUUGAAAAGAAGUGUUAAAUGCUAAAA